ACUCAGAACCAUCAGUCUUCGUUAGCACUUCAUACAACUACAGCAAGUUCAUCAACUAAGAAUCAUGAAAGUUAUCGCAAUCGUAGUUUUUGCCGGUAUCUGGGCAUCAUCAUCAGCUCAAUAUCAACCAUCAUAUACAUUGACUGCUCCAGCACCAUACCAACCAGCACCACCACAACAGAUUCCAGCUUAUCAACCAUCUGUUUACACUGCCAAGACCGGUUAUGGACCAGUAAACGUUGGAAUGCCAGUUCCAUACACUUAUCCAUCUCCAGCACCUCCAGUUCCAUGCCCAACAAACUUGCUCCUUAGCUGUGCUCCAUCAGUCGCACCAGUUCCAUGCCAAUCUGUGACUUAUGAGAAGCCAGUCCCACCACCACCUCAACCUCCACCUCAUUAUACAAAACCAGCACCACUCCCACCAAACUAUCGUUAAGACACACA